AUGGUAGAUCAGAGGAUUUCUUGGUACAGUAGUGCUUUGUUCUUGGCAGUAAUGCUGGGUUUGAGCUCUACUACUUGUAGUUGUGAAUCAACAAGCUGUGAUGAAAGCGAAUUCGGUGUUCGGAUGGUGCUGAAGAAUAUGAACAAGCCGUGCGACGAAAUUUAUGUUGUUCGUGAAGGAGAGACGCUGCAAACUAUCAGUGAAAAAUGCGGGGACCCGUAUAUUGUUGAGGAGAAUCCACAUAUCCAAGACCCAGACGAUGUUUUCCCUGGACUGGUUAUCAAGAUUACUCCUUUCAACAUUAAUAGGUAG